AUGGAUGCUGGUGUCUUUGAACAGGGCACCGGAAAUCGAUGGCAAUCAGUGCGCGUGUGUUUGCUCGGUAUGCACGCUACGGAGCCGGCACGCGUUCUACGCAAACUCUCAUCGCUUACAGGCAUCUUUCUUGACAUCGUGAACAAAGUGCGGAGCUGGAUGUCCAUUCAGAAGCUCACAGAUGACCCGAAUGAGCACAGGCGCAGCAUUUCGGAGCAGGCUGUCGAGGAUUAUUCUGUACAAGACGAGAACUCUGGACUGUGCGUCCGGCUCAUCUGCUGGAUGGACCGGGUUUCGCAUGAUGCACAGAUCAUACACCACCUUGAGGAGGUGUCCGGUGCGGCAUGCGCAAAUGGUUGGAGCCAACGCUUCCCCAGCGGAAAGCAUUCGCAUACUAUAUACAGGUUCAAACAGCGGCUUCCGCCGUCUCUGCUAGAAUCUCUUACCCGCUUUACAUGA